CAACUUAAAAUUUUAGGGUAUUAAUUUUUAUGCCUUCGUUUCAUUGCGGCGGCACCGCUCACCGGGCAAUGCCGCCGGCCUCCACCUCAUUUCACCACCGACACUGUCUAUCUUUCGUUUCCUUCUCGCAAGGCUAUCCUUCUGAGUGAAAUCUCAAGAAGGGCAGGUGGUUCUUCGCCAAAUGCAAUGUGAUUCGUUGUAACUUAAAGGAUUUUGAUAUGACUUCUCGGCCGAAGCUCUCUGGCUUGCAAAAGCAGGUACUAGGACUAUAUAGAGGAUUUCUCCGAGCAGCUCGUCUAAAGGCACCCGAAGAGCGCUCACAGAUUGAAUCCAUCGUCUCAGCUGAAUUUCGGAAGAAUGUGGAAGCUGUGGACCGAAAAAAUUUCCUUUACAUUGAGUAUUUGCUCCGUCGAGGCAAUAAACAGCUCGAACAACUCAAGAGUGUGGAUACUGUCAAAUUGUCUACUUUAGAAGUUGGGCAAAACCCUCAGUAAAUGUUUCUCCCUCUUCAAUAUUCACAAGGCAAUAAACAGCUCGAACAACUCAAGAGUGUGGAUACUGUCAAAUUGGCUACUUUAGAAGUUGGGCAAAAACCUCAGUAAAUGUUUCUCCCUCUUCAAUAUUGACAGUUCUUAUCCAAUUCUUACAAGUUACUUCCAUUGAUCUUUUAUUUUUGGAAACUUGGUGAUCCAUCUCCACCUGCAUAUUGAGCAUGUUGUCAACUCAAGUGCCCCCACGGGCGGGAUCAACCGGUUAUGACAUGGUAUUCUUGCAACAUGGGUCGGGAGGUCGAAGGUCUGCGGCAGCAAUUGCGAUAACAUCAAUAUCUGUCCGUGCUAAACACCUUCGACCGCCAUGUCAUCGCCGGGCCCGUAUUCACCGUGAUUUACUCCCUCUCAUACUCGUGGGACAGGGGUGAGGGGGCCGCUGGGCGGCGGGACCCGCCUUUUGCAACAUGUUGUCAACUCAAGUCUCAAAAUACCAGAUAGUCAAAUCUAAAAAAAAGGGGUAGUCCGGUGCACGAAACUCUCGUCAUGCGGGGUCCCGAGAAAAGAUCUAUUGAUGCAGCGAUGCAAUCCAGCCCAGCUAUCCAGUUACAGUUGGGGAGCCUACAAUAAAUUAGAUGCGUAUCUAUAUAGAUUCAUGAUAGGAACAACUUGUGUCAUUCAAUAAAGGAGAUAUGCGUCAUGUUAAUACUGAAAAAAGAGGAUGGAGAUGGACAUACAUAAGUUAAUUGGGUAUUUUAAUUAUGGCUACUGACUUCAAAUGAUGAUGAUAUUGGAGUUGAUAGGUACCCUAGUUCAUGCUUUUCAAUUAUGAUAAAAGUAUUAGGUGUUGGAUGAAAGCAAUUUGAGGAUAUUUUAUUUAUGGUAGUUCAUAUAUAUUUUUUAACUGUUAGGGUGGGUUUGAAAUGCUUAAAUUUUUUCUUUAAUAUCUUAAAUAUGAUGGAAAAGAUAAGCAAAUAAAAUAUGAGAAUGGUGAAAUGAAGUCCUCAUCUUGACUUCAAAACAGAGGGCUACCUUUUCCUUCACACAAGGCUGUUGUCUAACUAAUUUGUGAAGGCAAGCAGUCGAUCCGUUGCCUUUAGCAUUACCACAGAGAGAGAGAGAGAGAGAGAGAGAGAGAGAGAGAGAGAGAGAUUCUUGCACCGACAACUGUCAAUAAACUUUGCAGAGCGUCAUUGUCAGUAAUCUUAAUUCUGAACAACAAAUGAUGCAGGUCUUAUCAUACACUUCAAUCUGAAGUUGAAAAUGGACACUGAAGAGAUCUUUGAUACCAGUGCUUGGGCUCAGAAUGACAUGUGAAGGAAAAAGGAAAAGGUGAAGGUCGAAUCCUCUGUCCUGAAAUUACGUUUAGCUGUUUAGCCUCAUAUUCCACAAAGAAAAUGACAAAGAUGUGAACAGUGUUUGGCGUUCAAAACACAUGUUUCUAUGCCAAAACCCACUCGCUAAACCCUUUUGCUCUCAAAAGUCAUCUCUGUGCCCUAACCCGAACUCCAGCUGAACCCUGCUGCUUCCACUGUCAACGGUCGCCGGCAACGCCAUCUCCAUCCCCUCCUGAAGUCGAUGGUCACCGACAACUUCAUCUCCGUCAAACUCGGUACCUUUCUUCCUCCCCCUCUCUCCCCUUCUUCAGGCACGAUCAUCAUGGUCGGCCAAGGACCGCGUCCUUGGCCAGCUGUCUGGUUGUAUCCUUGGUUGGCAGCGACAUCCAUUUCCUUCAUCUAUAUUCAUUAAUAUAUCAUUGUUGUUCUCUAUGACUGUGUUGGAGCUUUGUUGUUCUUGAUUACACUACUACUACUACAAUACCAGAUCAUGCAUAGUUUCUUACUUGCUUUGGUAGCAAUUCUAAUAGUUUGAAACUUCAAUACCCUCUUCAGUAAUGCUAAACUUGUGAUAAUUGUAAUAUCAUUAUCUUUCA